CAAAGAGAUACAAUACCAGUUACACACAUUAAUUCAUAAUCCGAAAACAAGUGUUUGACGAGAUAAAAUUUGAUAAAAAUCGAAUAGAAAUCGUAUAUUAUCCAUCACAAAAAGUGGGUUUCUACUAAUAUCAUUCUCGAUAUUUUACAGUAACCUAUAAAAACAAUCCGCCAAACGAACCGAGAAUGAGAAAACUCUGCGCGAAUUGCUGCACAGUCAAAGCCCUAAUUCUACUAACAGCCGCUCUACUAGUACUUUUAACCGGCGUCUUGGUGCUCAGUUUCGUGGGAAUACCCCGUAUAAUCAACCACGAACUCGCCCUGUCGAUGCGCUUGGAUAAACACACCGAUCAAUGGGAGAGAUUCGUGAAUUUACCAAUACCUAUUGUGACUAAAGUGUAUUUGUUCACUGUAGCCAAUCCAGCCGCCAUUUUGGAGGGCGCCAAGCCGAUUGUAGUGGAAAAAGGGCCGUAUGUUUACAAGCAGAAACUGACGAAAAAAAUACUAAGGACAGAUGAAAGCGACGAUAGCGUGACUUACGAAAAAUACUCUAGUGUUAACUUCGAUCAGGAAUUGUCCGGGCAAAACAGGGUGAAUGAUACCGUUACAGUUCUCAAUCCCGCUUUAUUAGUAUUAACGCAAAUAACGUCCCCGUUGGAACAACUGGCAGCUACAGGAUGUUUGGAUAAAUUAUUCCUGCCUGAAUACAACAAAUUAUUCAUUGAAACUACAGUAGAAACUUUGAUGUUUAAAGGUUUCCCAUUCGCUAAUAGCACUGAAGAAAUGGGAUACGCUUGCAACAUCAUCAGAAAUCAAGUGAUAGAGAAAACCAAAAUCAUGAAAAACGUCCAGUUCAUCAUGAACAAAGAUUUCGAUAUGGUGCAGUUGCUGAGGUUUUCCUACUUGGGAUUCAAAAUUAACCAGCCUGACGGGGUUUACACGGUCAACAGGGGCAUCAAAGACAUAUCCCAAUUGGGUACCAUCAUGAAAUGGAACCAUUCCAGCGAAGUACCUUUCUGGGGAAGAUUGCAAUCGACAAAUAACGAGACCUGUAAGCGAGUCGGGGGCACCGAUUCCACCAUAUACGCCCCCUUUGUGAAAAAGACCGACGUUCUGGAGAUAUUUUCCACGGAUAUUUGCAGAACAGUAAAUAUUUAUUAUACGGGCGAAGGAAGUUACAAAGGACUAAAAGGAUACGUUUUCGAACCGAAAAACACCACUUUUUACUCAUCUAUAAUUCCUAAAGAAGAAGACUGCUUCUGUACACAAAAAACAUUGUAUUACAACGGACAGAAAAGUUGUUAUUUAGACGGCAUUUUGGACGUAUACGAUUGUUUCGGUGCUCCGCUUAUACUUUCAUUCCCUCAUUUCCUGUAUGCAGAGAAGUACCUCGAUGCGGUUGAGAACUUAACGAAGCCUGAUAAGGAUAAACACGGAAUUUAUUUGCUAAUCGAACCAAAUACUGGGGUUCCUUUGCAAGGCAAAAAAAGGGUCCAAUUGAACCAAAUUCUAAGGCCUAUCAAGCACAUGGCUUUCGCUGCGAAUUUACCACAGACUAUUAUACCUCUUUUGUGGAUAGAUGAGGGAGCUGAACUCAAUGAUGACUUGAUAGAUAUGUUAAACAGCAAGUUUUUCAACGUGGUGAAAUUGACUUCCGGCGUGAAAUACGGUUUGAUAGCUGUAUCUGCUGCUGGUGUAUUAGUAGCCGGUGGGUUUUUGUACAGGAAGAAAGUUUUGAAAUGGUAGAGUUUGCGAUAUUUGUUCCAUAAAGAAUUAAAUUACUUCUUUAUAAGUUGACUUUGGUUAGGUGAAUAAAUAUUUAUUUUGGAUCAUUGUUAACGAAAACGUUUUGUUAUAUCGAAUUUUUGUACUAUCCUAAAAGUUUUACUCGAA